AUGACGUCCAUGGUAGCAAAGAUGGUGGGAAAAAAGAUUCUGGGGGAGACACUGCAGAAUAAAUUUGGCACAGAGGAUCCGUAUUUCGAACAAGUUCCCGCGACAAGACUCAACGGAAAGCCCAGCACGACCAAAUUCAAAAAAGUCAGAAAGGCAUUGCCGCCAGGCCUCUCUGAGCACGAUGGCAAGGUCCUCACAAAGGUCAAGCGUCGUGCGUACCGCCUGGACUGCGCUCUGUUUACGUUUCUGGGCAUCAAGUUUGGCUGGGGCAGUGCCAUUGGUUUAAUUCCAUUUGCUGGCGAUGUUGUCGAUUGCCUCUUGGCACUCAUGGUCAUGCGCACAGCUGAUCAGAUUGAGGGCGGCCUGCCCUUCUUCAUCAAGUUCCAGAUGCUCCUCAACAUUGCAUUCGACUUUGCCAUUGGCCUGGCGCCAUUCGUCGGCGACUUGGUCGAUGCCAUGUUCAAGGCCAACACGCGCAACGCCGUGCUGCUCGAGGGGCACCUCCGCGAUCUGGGGCAAAAGACCCUCAAGAGAGGCAACCUGCCCAUCCCCGAUGUCGACCCCAGCGAUCCCAAAGAAUUUGACCGUAACCGCAUCGAAGACCGACAAGACCCACACGAUGGACGGGACCGCCGCGACCACCGCGACCGCCACGACGAACCUCCUGCAUACCACGCGCAAGGCGCAACUUCAGCGCAAGAAGCUGGCGUGACAGGUACCUCGCGCUCUGAUACUGUACCAGUAACUGCGCCCGAGGAGGCCCGUGUCCGUGAGAGCAGAGGCUGGAUGGGACGCAGCAAGAAGCGGCAAGACGACCUCGAAGAGGGCCACGUCAAGAGCAGCAAGCCAAGCCGACGCUGA